CUUGUUCCCUUCUGAUCUGAAUCCACCUAUGACGGACAUCACCGAAGAGCUGCUGAAGCGCUCUCAAUCUGAGGUGGCAAAGGGAAUUCUGGAUGACCUACAAGGGCAAGCACUUGAGAGUUUGCCGCCUGUGGUGCUGCGAAUCCAAAGGCUGCAAACGGGUUCAAACGCGCCUCACAGCAACUACGCGUAUGAUUUGGUCCUACCGUACUUGCUCGCAUAUUUGCUUGCCGGCAAACAGAGAGAUAUUUCAGUGUCUGCGGAUCCAUUUGUGGCUUUCCCGAUGGCAAACUUCUUAAUGUCCAAGGGCUUCAAGGUUGCCCGUGAAACCGAAGAAGCGUUGAAGAAGAGGUCGACAGUUGCAACUUUGGAACUCUCAGCUGAUGCCUGAGAUUUACUGUGCUGCCCAUGUUGAUCUUCUUUUGAUUGCUGACGUGCCCAGUGAAGCAAGGCUCGCAGUCAGACCAAAGAGGACAAAUUCAAAAGGGGUUCAAGUCACAUGUGUAAUAGCUAAUGUCUAAUACUGAUACUGUAAUAGCUGGUUUUAUCAAGUCCUGCAGAUCGCGACAAAAGAUUGUAAAACUGAAGGCAAGUACAUGAAAGCAACUACAGUAUAUGAAAGUAGUAGUAGUAGUAGGAGUAGGAGUAGCAGUAGCAGGAGCAGGAGCAGGAGCAGGAGUAGUAGGAGUAGUAGUAGUAGUAG